UUUAAAGCACACCAAAAUAUUUCAAAGUCAUCACACAAAAACGAAACUGCUACUCUAAUAAUUAUCUUUGUUUUAUUAAAUUUGAUUUUUACAACUUUAUUUCUUCUUCUGAGCUGUUCAGAAUUUUGAAAGUCUUCCAUUCCUCAAAACAAACUAAAUUUAGUGAGUUGAAGAGGUUAAACUAAGCAAAAAAAAUGGCAACAUUUGGAGGAACUACCCAGAAGUGUAAAGCAUGUGACAAGACUGUUUACUUAGUAGAUCAACUUACUGCUGAUAAUAAAGUUUAUCAUAAAGCUUGUUUUAGGUGUCACCACUGUAAGGGUACCUUAAAGCUGAGCAAUUACUCCUCUUUUGAGGGAGUGUUGUAUUGCAAACCUCACUUUGAUCAGCUAUUUAAGAUGACCGGAAGCUUGGAUAAAAGUUUUGAAGGUGCUCCGAAAACUGUUAGAGACCGAUCCGCUGAUCAGGCCAAUAGCAACAGCAGAGUUUCGAGCAUGUUUGCUGGAACCCAGGAUAAAUGUGUUGCUUGCAAGAGAACUGUUUACCCCAUCGAAAAGGUGGCGGUGGACGGAACUUCUUAUCACAAGGCUUGUUUCAGGUGCACUCAUGGAGGCUGUGUAAUCAGUCCCUCAAACUAUGUAGCCCACGAGCAUCGUCUUUAUUGCAGGCAUCAUCACAACCAACUCUUCAAACAGAAAGGAAACUUCAGCCAGCUCGACAAGCACGAAGACGUUACGACAUCAGCCGAGAUACCAUCAACUGAGUGAGAAUGUAAAAUCUUUGACAAAUCUUGAAAUGUGUAGUAUUUGAAGGAGUUCUAUUGCUCAAAGCCGGACGGGAAUGUCGAAAGUUUGCGAGAAGAGGUGCUAGCUAUAAUAAUAUGAUUAUGGAGGAAAUGAUAUAUUAGUUGCGGAUUUCCAACUUUUCUUGAGUGUGAGUUUUUGAAUGUUUAAUAAUUACAGUUUUUUGGUGUUGUAUUUGUUUGAAUAAAGUAUGAACAUAAAAGCACUGUUUUGUAUUUAAUAUUUAUUUUAAAGUUUUGAAGUAAUUUUUCGGA